AUGUCGAACAUUGCACAACUUUAUUCAAUAGCAACAAAUGUGAAUCGAUAUGGAUCAUUAAUUGUAUUUCUAUUUGGAUCUGUCGGUGUUGUACUAAAUGUGUUUAUAUUUAGUACCGAUCGAGAACUAAAACAAAACCCAUGUUCUCGCAUUUUUUUGGCUUCAUCAAUCGCCUCUUGUAUUUCUUUAUUUUCAGGUUUACCGACUCGAUUCUUCAAUUCAUUUGGUUUGGAUUUUACGGCAAAAUAUGAUAUUCCAUGCAAAUUCUAUAUGAUCACUCUUGUUGGUGCAUUAAGUUGUUCCGCACUGUUCAUUGCUCUUGCCUCCAUUGAAUGCUGGUUAAAUAGUUCUCUCAAAGUAAGUUAUCGAACAAUUUUAUCAAUGAAGAACGUCAAUCGAGCUAUUACUAUCACGGUAACUAUGGCAUUUCUAUGCUACAGUCACAUACUUUAUUGUUAUGCAGCUAAUCAAAAGAAUGCACGUGGUGCAUGUACUGGAAUCAAUAGUGUAUGUCUCUAUUUAAGUGAUUUUAUUCAUCUUAUUCUAUUUAUUAUAAUACCAAUUGGAAUAAUGUUGAUAUUUGGUUCAUUAACUCUUCGAAAUAUUAAACAAAAUCAUCGUCGAAUUGCAAAUGUUAAGACUAAUCAAAACAAAAGUAAUGUACGCGGAUCACAAAGACAACAAUCAACAUUAACUGCUUUGAUGUUAAUACAAGUUUGUUUAAUUACAAUGUGCAAUUUAUCUGCUGGUAUAUACAAAAUCUAUUCAACAGUCACUGAUUAUAUAUAUAUAAGAGUUCAGAACGACGAGCCAUCGAAACUAUCAUCUUUCAAUUAG